AUGCGCAGCUCUACCACGGCUGCGACUGCGGACUGUGACACGGAAAAUAAACCAUACGACUCCGCCGACGAUUCCAGUCUGUCUGAAGUAAUGCUCGCGCAAUGUGCUCGCAUCAGCUUCCGCAUUGCCCAUGAGCUGAUCGAAACCUUUGACCGCCAUCUUGACCGGCAAACCUUACUUGGCCCGCUGCCCAACUGGUGGUAUUCCGUCCUCUAUGUAUACAACGCUACCAUGAUGAUUCUUGUCGAGCGAUUCCUAGAGGCCAAGGAGGGUACAUCCAGCACAGUUGAAUCCAAGGCCGAACGGACGUGGCAUGCGGCACUCCGGGUCCUAAAGUCCUACGGGAUCUUGGCCGAUUCGGCAACCCGAUGCGUCGCAGUUCUGGAGAUCUUUUUGGAGAAGCUUUGCCUCAGCAGCAGCAACAAUGAUAAUGGCAACAAUGAUAGCAUGGGCACUGGGACUAUCACCACCACCCAGCAUUGUCUCGACGACUAUGACUGGGAUGCAAUGUGGGCCAUGUCGAACUCCUUCGGUCAGGAGUUCGGCCUUUCGGAUUCAAAUUUAUUCCCGUUUACGUUUGACAAUUAUAUCUCGUCUGAUCUGCUUUCGGCGCUGUCGGGACAGGAGUUUAGUCCGCGUGAU